CCCGCCCCGGGCCUCGCCACCUCCCUGCCCGCGCACCCACCUGUCCCGGGGGUCGAUCCAGCUGGUCUGCUUGGUGUUGUGGUCGAUGUAGAAGACUUUGCCGUCGUAAUCCCUCGCCUCCUCCCAGCCAUCGGAAGCACAAGUGGAGAAUACAUGCACACACUGUUUGUGCCCUGAACUCCCCUGGCCUAAAAAGCAGGCAGCUAAGUCGCAUUAAGUUUAGAAACCAGGUGUGAAUUACUGUGUGUUUAUCUCACAUUUGCCACAGGAGAAGAGUACUCCAGGCUGGUUACCAUGGUUCAGCUGAUAGAAGGUGGAGUGAGGAGAGUACGAGCUGCAAGAAGGCUGUGCCAUGGCCCUGAUGGUAUCAGAGGACAGUGAGGAGUCAUUUGCGGUGUUUCAACUCAGCAAAGCAAUUUCGGCAAUGAAAUAUCCUGCAAAAAAAGAGAGGAUUAUUUGGAAUGGCCUGAAUAUUUUAUGGCAGUAGCUUUUUUGUCAGCACAAAGAAGCAAGGAUCCAAGUUCUCAGGUUGGUGCCUGCAUUGUAAAUUCAGAAAACAAGAUUGUUGGAAUUGGAUACAAUGGGAUGCCUAAUGGCUGCAGUGAUGAUGUACUACCCUGGACAAGAACAGCAGCACAUAGACUGGACACGAAAUAUCCUUAUGUGUGCCACGCCGAAUUGAAUGCAAUCAUGAACAAAAACUCAGCUGAUGUGAAAGGCUGCAGCAUGUAUGUUGCCUUAUUUCCAUGUAAUGAAUGUGCAAAGCUCAUCAUCCAGGCAGGAAUAAAGGAAGUUAUUUUUAUGUCUGACAAGUAUCAUGACACUACGGAAAUGACAGCUGCACGGCGGAUGUUUGAUUUAGCAGGUAUUAUAUACAGGGAAUUCAAGCCAAAGUGUAACAAGAUCAUCAUCGACUUUGAUUCAAUUAACAGCAGACCAAGUCAAAAGCUUCUGUGAAUUAAGUCUCAUUAAGUCUCUAGAAGAGUGUGAUUAUCCUUUCCUAAAAAGCUGCUAAUGCCUUUCAUCUUGAAGUUACUUGCAACUUUUUAAUGGCUUCUGUAGCUAAAGUAGACUUCUAAGAAAUCCAAGGCAUAAAAUGUCCCACUCACUUCAUCUUGUCAUGUGGAAUCUAAAUCUACUUAAAAUUUUUUAAUGCCAAAACUGCUUAAAAAGUCUAGAGACAUGUAGAUGAGACAAUAUAAUGUAUGUAAAGAAAACUGUUCAGAUUCUUGCUGUAUUCAUCACCACAUGCUCUGAUAGGCUGUCAGCAUUGAUUUAGACUCAGUUUAACAGUAGUACUUAUUGUAACCAGUUAUACAUUGGAAUACGCUAAUAUAUGUUGAUCUCUCUACUGGAUAUGUGGAUCUAAGUAGUUGAUCCUAAUAAAGGACAAAAAAUGUUAUCCAUGCAAAUGGAUAACUUCCAACUAGCAUAACACUAAUAUUUAAAAGGUUAUACAGCUUUAAGAGUGUGUGAUAUUCUGCAUGUGUUAUCCAGCAAAUGAAAUACUGAUUUUUCUUUAAUUGCUAUCUAACACUGUCAUACAUGGGGAGGGGUGAGAGAGGAAGUUGUUCUGAGAAUGGUCCAUGCUGGACCAAGCUUUACAGGUGCUUUCAAGUCCUUGUUUUCCCCAAGACUCCAGAAUUGGUGGGGGUUGAGGGAGUAAAUCAUUUGGCUCUUUACCUUUGGGACUCUUACUUGGAGUUGGUUUUCAUGUGUAGAAGGAAAUUAUUUUAUUGGUGUAAGCUGUUUCUAGGCAAUCCAGCAUAGCUCAGUCUUAAAAUCGACCUGUAAGGUAACUGAAUCAUUUUUUGUCCUUUGAGAGAAAUUGGAGAUAGUCAACCCAUAUCCGUAUCUGUGCCAAAAGAGGUAAUUAUGGUAUUAGCUUGUUUCCCAGUGCUGGCAUAGUACCUUCAUUUUCAUAAAUGUUGCCUAAAAUAAUACCCUUUUUAAUUUUAUCUUGAGAUCUGGGAAUAGAUUUGAGUUCCUUUUCUCUGAUUUGAUUUUUUUAAAUUAAAUAUAUCUAAUGGCUUUGUUUAGAUAACAUUGGUAGCUGUGUUGUUUGUUUUUUUUUUUAAUGUGGUUAUACUUCAGUGAGCUUUUAUUUUCUCUAUAAAAGCUUGUUUCAUAUUUUGGGACAUUAUGUAAUUUGGCUUCAUACCAGUAUUAUUAAAGUCUUACUAAAAUCCACUACAUUGAAGUAGACUCAUUAUUAUAAUAUUAAGCCAUGUGCUUGGCUCCAGAGUGCUGCUGGUUUUGUAAUCAUAUGCAAAGCAUAUUUUGUGCAUUUGUGAUAUUACAUAAAAUGUAAUGUUCAUGAACCAUUUGGCUACUAAAGGCAGCAUUGUAAUGUAUUAUAAGAUAUGUCCAUUUAUAAAGUAAUUUCUGACUUUCUCUUUUUUUCCUACAACUGUUUUCCACCUCAAAAUUGGUCUGUGGCUUACUGCCAGAAGAAGUUUGCACAUAUGUGGAGGGGGAGGGUGAAACCUGAAAAAUUACUUUAAUAAAAUGUCACUAAAACA